GAUUUUCUUUUCUACAGGGUUGGCUUGUCCCCCCGUACUUUCUAUUUGAGAAAUCAAAGCCAAACUCUUCUUCAAAAACGCACCCUAUUCUUCCCUAUUUGCAUCGCAUUUGUUCUUGAAUCUCUUCCUAUUCCAGAGCAGCUGAGAGAGAGAUAGAGAAUGUUCCAUCACAAGAAGCCUUCUACUAUGAAUUCUCACGAUAGACCCAUGUGUGUUCAAGGUGACUCUGGCCUUGUCCUCACCACCGACCCAAAGCCCCGCCUCCGGUGGACUGUUGAGCUCCAUGAACGCUUUGUUGAUGCUGUCACUCAGCUGGGAGGACCUGAUAAGGCCACCCCGAAGACCAUCAUGAGAGUCAUGGGUGUAAAAGGUCUCACUCUUUACCAUCUCAAGAGCCAUCUCCAGAAAUUCAGGCUUGGAAAGCAGCCGCACAAGGAAUUCAAUGAUCACUCAAUUAAGGAUGCUUCAGCAUUAGAACUUCAAAGAAACAUUGCAUCUUCAUCUGGGGUGAUGAGCCGCAAUACCAACGAUAACACACAUAUAACUGAUGCGAUUAGGAUGCAAAUGGAGGUGCAAAGAAGGCUUCACGAACAACUAGAGGUCCAAAGACACCUCCAGUUGAGAAUUGAAGCUCAAGGGAAGUACAUGCAGACUAUACUGGAGAAAGCUUGCCAGACACUUGCAGGUGAAAACAUGGCUUUGGGAAACUACAAGGGUAUCGGAAAUCAAGGAGUUCCUGACAUGGGAGCGAUGAAGGAUUUCGGUUCUUCCUUGAACUUUCCAUCUCUUCAAGACCUAAACAUUUAUGGCGGUGACCAGCUUGACCUUCAACAAAGCAUGGACAGAUCACUUGAUGGCUUCAUACAGAAUACUGAGAACAUGUGUUUGGGAAAGAAGAGGCCUAGCCCUUAUAGUGGUAGUGGCAAGAACCCUCUAAUCUGGUCUGAUGAUCUUCGGAUGCAAGAACUGGGAACAGCAGCAUCCUGUCUAGGCUCUCAAGAUGAUCCAUUCAAGGGUGAUCAAAUUCAAAUUGCACCACCAUCGAUGGAUAGAGGAGCUGAUAUGGAUUCCAUAUCCGACAUUUAUGAAACAAAGCCAAUUCUCUCUGGUGAUCCUAUGGGAGAAAAGAAAUUUGAUGGGUCGGGGUCGGCAAAGCUUGGAAGGCCAUCGCCACGUAGAGCACCACUUCCCACAGAUAGGAUGAAUCCCAUGAUCAAUGCUGGUGCCAUGCCACAAGGAAGAAGUUCAUACGGGUGAGGCCAAAUUACAUAUUAGAUCUAAGUGACCUGAACUAUGAGAUUUAGGGUUUUGGUCUUGAAGGCUAGCAUUUCACAUUAGGGUUUCCGCUCAAAUCUGGUAUAAAGCCAUGCAUGGCAGACUUUCAGGUAGAAUGUAAUCUAACUAGUACAAUUAUAACUUUAUUAUGCUCUUACUACUUGAUACUCUUUCUACUCUCA